AUGUCCUCGUCCGCCGCGCGAGACGCCGUCGUUAAGAAGAAGCAGGUUCGUUUCGCCAGCAUGGAGGACGACGACGACAACGACGAGCAGGAGGAGGACACCCUGUUUGACAAGAGGACGGACACCGGGGGGAGAGGGCUGAAGAGCGCGCUGAAGGCGGUGAAGAGGAGCAGCAAGCCGCUCUGCGACGCCCGGGUGGAGGUGGUGGUCGGCGGCGGGAGGAGGAGAGGCGGACACGGUGGAGCCUGCGGCCGCUGGAUGGUCACCACGGCGCUCUGUGCAUCCUUCCUGGGUUUGGGGAUGAGUAUCGCUGUUCUUGGCCCCACGUUCGAGGACCUGGCUGUGAAUGUGAAUAAGAACAUCAGCAAUAUUUCUUACAUCAUCGCCGGGCGCUCUGCGGGCUACAUCGGUGGUUCCCUCUUGGCAGGCAUUCUCUUCGAUUGCAUGAAUCCCCAUCUCCUGCUAGGGUUUUCUAUGCUGGUCACAUCAGUGGGAUUGUGUGCUAUCCCUUUCUGUAAGCAGGCUCUGCUGCUCACUGGGCUCAUGUCCAGCAUCGGGAUGUCUAUGGGUAUUCUGGAUACAGGUGGGAAUGUCCUCAUACUGAACACAUGGGGGGAGCAGGCGGGCCCUCACAUGCAGGCUCUGCACUUCAGCUUCGCAGCGGGGGCCUUUGUGUCUCCGAUCAUCGCCAAGCUGGUGUUUGGGCCCGACGGCAACGGCAGCGCAGGAGUCCUACCGGCCAACUCUACACCUCCCGUCACCACAGAGCACAUCACCAAAGCCCCCGACGCUCACACCAUCAUCCGCUACAUCCACAGCAGGAGCAGCACCCUCAAAUCCAUGUGGGCCUACGUUGUGAUCGGCUCCUUCGUCUUUCUCAUCUCCUUCCUCUUCUUCUUCCUCUUCUGUCGCAGCAACGCGUCACGUGACAAAGCCCGCACGGCGUCGGGAAAGCCCCUGGUGGCCAAACACCACAUAGCUCUUAUUGUCCUGCUCUGCUUCUUCUUCUUCGCCUACGUAGGCGCCGAGGUAGCGUACGGCUCCUUCAUCUUCACCUUCGCCAAGGACUACGCCCACAUGGAUCAGACCGAGGCCGCCGGGCUGAACUCGCUGUUCUGGGGGACGUUUGCUGCCUGCAGGGGGUUGGCCAUCUUCUUUGCGUCAUGCAUGUACCCAGGCACCAUGAUCCUGCUCAGCCUGGUGAGCUCCACGGUGUCCUCUCUGCUCCUCUGCCUCUUCAGCAGGGAGAACGUGGCUCUGUGGGUUUGCACUGGUCUGUACGGCGCCUCCAUGGCCACCACCUUCCCCAGCGGCAUCUCCUGGGUGGAGCAGUACACCACGGUGACGGGCCACACGGCGGCGGCCUUCGUGGUGGGGGCGGCGCUGGGCGAGAUGGUUCUCCCAGCCCUGGUAGGCUUCCUGCUUGGGAAGUUCCCGGACCAGCCGCUGCUCAUGUACCUGUCGCUCACCACCGCCACCUUCACCUCCAUCCUCUUCCCGGUCAUGUACAAGCUGGCCUCGGCCCCCAGCGGCCAGAGCAGGAAACCCCGCGUGAGGGGCCGGCCUGACGCGGACGACAGCGAAUACCGCCAGGCGCUGCUGGACUCGGGAGCCAAUGACGAGGAGGAGGAAGAGGAGGAGGAGCAGGAGCAGGAGCAGGACAACGAGGCUGAUCAGUGGAACGACGCAGACUUCGAGGUCAUUGAAAUGGACGACACGGCAAGUCUCAUCAGUUCACCCAGCAAGGCUUCCUCUCCUCCCGACGUCACCGGGAGCUCUGCUGCCUCCGCCUCCGCCGCCCCGGUGACGGAGGCUGCAGCUGGAGCCUCUUUCUCAGACACCAUCUCCCUGGUAGGAGACUCCCCCAGACGCAAACUACUGCUCUCUCUGGACCGAGAGAAGAGAGACUGAGAGAAGAGCCUCUACAUGUUUGCGCUCAUUUGUUGUCCAGCAGCCGAAUACUCCCAAUACAUUAUUUAUGACCAGUUGGUGAUUUACUGUGCAGUGAAUGCAACACUGACUACUGACCGAAACCUGUGCAGCUUAUCAACCAUCCACACACUGAAAGUUUGAGGGGUGUUGCACAGACUCAUCAGCAUCUUUUAAAGCUUUUGGACCUCCUCCUUCAGAUUUUGAACUGCACCGUUGCGCUACAGAUGGGUUUUAAAUGAUAUAAUACGUCAUUGAUUCUCUACAAGGAUUCUGCGUUGGCCUCAACAGUGGGGUCAAAGGUCAGAGUGAGCUAGAGUGCAGGUCCCAGGGCUGGUAGAAUUCAGUGCCUUGCUCGAGGACGCGUGAGCAGAGUGGAUGAGAUGAACCAGGGACUCUUCAUCAUCAUCAUCAUCAUCAUCAGGCCACCCUGCUGCUCAAAACACAGGUUGAAACAUGUACAUUCAUGUUGCAGUAUCACAGUGAGUUCAUCAACAGCAGGAAACGUGAUGAUAGUUGUGAGAUUUGAAUGAAGUUGUUUCUGUUGCACUUCUUUAAAUUUCUUUUCUGUUUCGUCAUGUUCUGUACCGUGCCGUGGCUUGUCGACCUUUCAAUCACGCGUCGUCACUGUGAUUCAUUAGCAUUUUUUUAAAAAACUGAAUCGUUGACAGAAAUCAUUUUAAUACAUUGACUUUUUAUUAUAUCAAUCUCAAACCUCCACCCACAGCAAUGUCCAUUAAAAACAAACAAAAAAACA